CCCCCUUUUUCCAUCGUCUUCCUCCUAGAAUCCAACAAACAACCUCUGCAAUCUUAGAGUGAGACAGAGAGAGAUUCCCACAAUUUCUCUCUCUUCUCUGCUCUCCCAAGGUCUUACUCGCGCUUUUUCCCCAAAUCCGCCGCUGCCGCUCUCAAAUCCUGCCUCGUUUUUAAAUUUGCACCGAGCUUAAACGUGAUUCGAAGAUGGUGUUCUGGGUAUUCGGUUACGGUUCGUUGGUGUGGAACCCGGGAUUCGAAGUCGAUGAGAAAGUGAUAGGGUUUAUUAAGGACUACAAGCGCGUCUUCGAUUUAGCCUGCAUUGAUCAUAGAGGUACGCCCGACCACCCUGCUAGAACUUGCACCUUGGAAGAAAAUGAAGGCGCGAUCUGCUGGGGAGCAGCAUAUUGCGUUCGUGGAGGGCCGGAGAAGGAGAAGGCGGCGAUGGAGUAUCUGGAGCGAAGAGAAUGCGAGUAUGACUCGAAAACUUUGGUUGAUUUCUACAAAGAGGGUGAUGAUUCUGAACAGCCCUUUGUAACUGGUGUGAUAGUAUUCACUUCCACACCGGACAAGAUAUCGAACAAGUACUACUUAGGGCCGGCCCCCUUGGAGGAGAUGGCCAGGCAGAUCGCGACGGCCUUUGGCCCAUGCGGCAACAACAGGGACUACCUUUUCUUGCUGGAGAAGGCCAUGUUUAAUAUUGGGCAUGAAGAUGACUAUGUUAUCGAGCUGGCAAACGAGGUGAGGAAGGUGCUUCUAAGCCUUAGCGGUUUGUCGUCGCCACUGAAAAUGAAGGCUUCGCCCGGAGCAAUCGGAUUGGAUUCGACGCUGAAGAUGAAGGUUUUGGGUGGAGCAAUUGCCAUGGAUUCAUAGGAGGAAGAUGAGCACAUUUCUCUAACAUAAUCAGAGACAAUAAAUAUGUUCUUUUAUUUUCUCCUAGUAUGAGAGUUUCAUCGGCCAAUCUAUCUUUUGGCUGCCUUACAUCACUAUUUUCCCUCCUUUUUACCUAAUCGAAAUACCACUUGUGCAA